AUGAGCCACGGAAGGAGACCGGUAUAUCGAGCGGUAACAGGAAUCGCUCCGCCUUAUGUCAUGUACAACGACAGCGCCGCAGCUUUCCAAGGAUAUUGCAUCGAUCUUUUGAACCACAUCGGAUCGUUGGUGGGUUUCGAUUACACCUUGAGGGAGUCGCUCGAUGGACGGUACGGCGAUUUGGACCCGAACACUGGCCGCUGGAACGGUAUGAUCUACGAGUUAAUGAACAACAUGUCGGACAUAGCCGUGGGACCGAUAUGGAUCACGUCUAGCAGAGCGGAGGUAUCCAUCGAUUUUUGCAGUGUCUUAACACUUAGCCGACCGAACGGGGAGAUCUCUCCAUUUUAA